ACAGUGGCAUUUUAAUACGGACAGCCAGGAGAAACAUCCAAGAAGCAACCAGGCUUCUUGUGUUCCCACUACACCGCAACGCUUCUUGCCGCCGUCGGAAGAAACCGCUCCCUGAUACGUUACGAAACCGAUUUCUCCGAAGGACAAAACGCGACUCCUUGUCGAAGCAGUUAACGCCGAUGAGGUCCGGCCUUUCCCACCCUCUGUUCCUUACACCAGCUUCCUCUUAUCUCCGAUAGGGUUGAUGCCUAUAUCGAUGACGCUUGGUGGGUCGGAAGUGUCACCACCAAGGUCGAUCCUAACCACAUGGUGAGGCUCGAUUCUACCGGGAACGAGGUGCAUUGUGCUUUCUACAGACUGAGGGUUAAUCUUGAAUUUCAAGACGGCAAAUGGUUCUAUGUUAAAGAUGGGCCUCAAAAUGAUAGUAAUCAAGGGAAGGGUGGAGAGCAAGAAGGGCAGCUACAGAAGCAAAAUGAUAGUAGUUACCAAGCAAAUGCACAAGAGCAACAAAGCUAGUGUGGGGUUCUGCAUUUGCUGUUGUAGUGGUAGCAGAACUAUCUCUAUUAAGAGAUUAGCUCGUUUUUCUUCCUCCUUCCACAAAUUUCAUUAUGCUGGUAGCAUAUAUAUUGGCAAUAGCAUUUGAUGACAAACAUAUGAAGGUAUGGAAUCAAUCAAGUUUGUUAAUUCUAAUCCUACGCCACAGGUGUUGCGUUCUUAUGAAUACUAUUUUCUUUUAGUACAUAUUCUUAACGCCCCGUGGUUAGCUUAGUUCUU